AUGACGAAUAGAAACGGCAGUCAUCGUCAGGAAACGGUUAUCGACAUAGGAAAGCAGGUAAACUUUACCGGGGGACUUGAGUUUUCUAAUCUUACUUACACAGUAAUAAAGAAAAAGAAAGUUGAAGGAAAAUUGUUAAGUCAAGAAGUAGAUUUAUUGCACGCUAUUACUGGCUAUGCACCAAAAGGUUGCAUCACCGCCGUAAUGGGUCCAAGUGGCGCCGGAAAAUCUACUUUCUUGGAUGGGUUGGCCGGACGUAUUGCCAGUGGAAGUUUAAAGGGCAGAGUUUCAUUUGAUGGAACAGAAAUGAACCCUAGCUUGAUUAAGAGAAGUUCAGCUUAUAUAAUGCAGGAGGACAGAUUAUUUCCUAUGCUUACUGUUUAUGAAACUCUGAUGUUUGCCGCUGAUUUUCGGUUGGGUCCCCUUUCUAGAACUGAUAAGAAGCAGAGGGUGGAGAAGCUUAUUGAACAGCUUGGUUUAUCAUCAUCAAGAAACACAUACAUAGGAGAUGAAGGUACAAGAGGAGUGUCUGGUGGUGAGCGUAGAAGAGUGUCAAUUGGUGUAGACAUAAUCCACGGACCAUCUUUGCUCUUUCUUGAUGAGCCAACCUCAGGGCUAGACUCUACAAGUGCACACAGUGUAAUCGAAAAGGUUCAUAACAUUGCAAGAUCAGGAAGCACAGUGAUCCUAACAAUUCAUCAACCUUCAUCAAGAAUCCAAAUGCUUCUUGACCAUCUGAUUAUCUUGGCUCGUGGUCAGCUCAUGUUUCAAGGUUCUCCAAAAGAUGUUAGUCUUCAUCUUGGCCGAAUGGGGCGAAAAGUUCCCAGAGGUGAAAAUUCUAUUGAGUAUAUGAUUGAUGUUAUACAAGAAUAUGAUCGGUCUGAGCAUGGAGUGGAGGCUUUAGCUGAAUUUGCACUUACCGGAAUGAAACCUCCCAAGUUAUCCGAUGAGGACGUGUCAGUUUCCUCCGUUGCGCUUACUCUGCCUCCAGCCCGGGGGAACAAGAGGCAGACGGAAGGGGCAGGUGGAAGGAGAAAUGAUGGGAAACGGAUUUCUUCACAAACAAGGGCAUAUGAAACAAAUGAGUUUGAUAGUAGUAUCAGAAGUCCUGCAUGGAGUGGUGGUAAUAAUUUUGGAGUAGUGACAACGUUAAGGUUUACACCUUCUCGCCAAAGGAAUGAAAGAAAAGUGCAAAAUCCAAUGAGUUCGACGUCUCCUGGCUACUACACAUCCUCGAGAGAUAUGUUGCCAAACACACCAACACCGCACAGUAGUGACUACACAGUAAAUGAAAAUGACUACCUAACCCCAACCAUUGCUCCAAACAAUAUGGCAAACCAUAUUCUCGGUCCAAAAUUUGCCAACUCUUUUUUAUCAGAAACAUGGAUUCUAAUGCGCCGGAAUUUCAAGAACAUCAGAAGGACACCCGAGCUUUUCCUCUCAAGACUCAUGGUUUUGACCAUAAUGGGUAUUAUGAUGGCAACAAUGUUUAUGAACCCUAAACAAAAUUCCCAAGGAAUAACAAAUCGUCUUUCUUUUUUUAUCUUUACUGUCUGUCUCUUCUUCUUCUCAUCUAAUGACGCUGUUCCUGCUUUUAUUCAAGAACGUUUCAUUUUUGUCCGUGAAACGUCUCAUAAUGCCUACAGAGCGUCUUCUUAUACUAUUGCUGGCCUUAUAACUUACCUUCCAUUUCUUUUACUUCAAUCUGGAGUUUAUGCAGCCAUUGUUUGGAAAGCCCUAAAGCUUCGCGGUCCUUUCUACUAUUUCUUGCUGGUUCUUUACGUUUCUUUACUUUCUACUAAUUCUUUUGUUGUUUUUGUUAGUUCUAUCGUUCCGAAUUACAUUUUGGGUUACGCAUCAGUAAUUGCAUUUACUGCUUUGUUUUUCUUGUUUUGUGGGUAUUUCUUGAAUAGUCACGAUAUACCUAUUUACUGGAAAUGGAUGAACAAGAUUUCUACUAUGACUUAUCCGUAUGAAGGAUUAUUGAUGAACCAGUACCAAACAGGAGAGGUUUUUGGGUUUACUUCAACUGGACAACCUAUAAAUGGAACUGCUAUAUUAGAUUCACUGAAAAUCAGUACUGAAGAAUCCAAGAAAUGGGAGAAGGUGCUUAUUAUGUUGGGUUGGGCAGUUCUUUACAGGAUAUUUUUCUAUGUAGUUCUUCGAUUCUUUUCCAAGAAUCAAAGGUCGUAG